AUCGCCGCGCGCAGCUUCACCAACUUCACUUCGCAGCUCCAGGUUCGACAAUUCCACCCGAUCACAGCGCAAGCCAGACACAAUGGACAGCCCGAACGAGCCUCCUCUCGACGAGAUUCAAUGGCGCUCACCGCAAAUCCUCGCGGGCAUGGGUGGCCUUCACUCCAACACGAUCCUCUUCUACUUUGCCGAGUCGCCCUUCUUCGAGCGAACAUCGAACAAUGCCGUCGUCAUGAGCCAGGCUAUGAGCAACAUGUCAAUGUACCACUUUAUACAAACAAGAGAAGCCUUUGAGGGUCGCUUAAAGACCAUGUCUGGCCUCGAAUUCACCGUGGCAGAGGAGCCCGCUGAGUCUGGGCCUGGCAUGGGCACCGGUGUCUGGGUUAUUCGCAAGCAAACGAGGCGAAAGCGAUACCAAGAAGAUGACGAAAUUGUUGUGCAUUCAACAUAUUUUGUGGUCGGAGAGAACAUCUACAUGGCGCCGACACUUGCCGACAUUUUGGCAUCUAGAAUUAUGACGAUAUCGUCCGCUAUUGCAAAGGCCUUACCCGCUGCUGAGGCAGCACGAAAAUGGCGACCAUCUCUGGGCCAUGUAUAUAACCUUCCUGGUAGCCAACCUGCGACUACAACAACGCGAAACUUGGAAUCAACAGUUGCGACACCGGCCCCGGCCCCCGCUACCGAGGCUGCACCGCCUCCUGCAGUCACCCAAAAGGCAGACGAAUUGUCCCUCGAACGAGCAGCAGAAGAGGCAUUCAUGGUUCAUAUGCGUCAUGGUGGUGAAUAUCUCGACGAGAACCCCAUUACUGGACGGCCGGGCGAGUUCCAUCUCACAUCAACCGGACGAAAGCCUGUGCUACCCCCGCAGGAUAAGCAGACUCCUGGUAUUGGUACAAUGAACGGGCCAUCACUGCCUGGAAAGGAUGAAUCCAAGAAAGAAGGCAGAGCAGAUAAGCCCUCGAAAUCACCUGGCAUACCGAAGCCGAAACGCAAGAAGAGCAGGCUGGGCGGAGGCAGAACGCCAGCGGCCAGCUAAUUCGAAACGAGCAGCUAGCCGACAUGUGCUUUGUAUUUUUAUAUAUGAAAUAAACGAUACCCCUUUCCUGGCGACCCAUUUGUCUAUGAAACUGUGAUGCCGCCAUCAACAAGCGUAACAGAGCCGAGCAUGUACGAUG